GAGCAGAGCCCGGGAGGCGGGGGAUCGGCGACUCUGCGAGCCCUGCGCGCAAGUGGGCUGCGGGGGGACGCAAGGGCCGUUGCCGCCACCAGCCUACCCGACCCGGGGGAUCCGCCGCAAUCGCCCUCCACAUCCAUGCCCUGAGUUUGCCUUACUUGCCUGCCCCUCUGCUCCAGACCAUCUGGGAUUGGGCAACCCAGGUCCUAGUCCAGAAAGAACCAUGCCCUUAGGAAAGGAUGAACACAGUUGGAAGAAACGAGCGGAAGAUAUUCGAGAAAUCUAUGAGUUCCGGGAAGUGCUGGGCACAGGUGCCUUUUCAGAGGUUGUGUUGGCUGAAGAGAAGUCGACCCAGAAGCUGGUGGCCAUCAAGUGCAUUGCCAAGAAGGUGCUGGAAGGGAAAGAAAGCAGCAUUGAGAACGAGAUCGCCGUGCUGCACAAGAUUAAGCACCCCAACAUCGUGGCGCUGGAUGACAUCUACGAGAGUGGGGGGCAUCUCUACCUCAUCAUGCAGCUGGUCUCAGGAGGGGAACUUUUUGAUCGGAUCGUGGAGAAGGGGUUUUACACCGAGCGAGAUGCCAGCCAGCUCAUCCGACAGAUCCUCGACGCUGUCAAAUACCUUCACGACAUGGGCAUCGUACACCGUGACCUCAAGCCCGAGAACCUGCUCUAUUACAGUCUGGAUGAAGACUCCAAGAUCAUGAUUAGUGACUUUGGGCUAUCGAAGAUAGAAGGCUCAGGCAGCGUCAUGUCCACAGCAUGUGGGACUCCCGGCUAUGUGGCUCCUGAGGUGUUGGCACAGAAGCCUUACAGCAAAGCUGUGGAUUGCUGGUCCAUUGGAGUCAUCGCCUACAUCUUAUUGUGUGGCUAUCCCCCGUUUUACGAUGAAAACGACACAAAGCUCUUUGAGCAGAUCCUGAAGGCCGAAUAUGAAUUUGACUCCCCCUACUGGGAUGACAUCUCUGAAUCAGCUAAGGAUUUCAUCCGGCAUUUAAUGGAGAGGGACCCCAAGAAGCGCUUCACCUGCGAGCAGGCACUGCAGCACCCAUGGAUCGCUGGAGACACUGCUUUGGACAAGAACAUCCACCAGUCAGUCAGCGAGCAGAUCAAAAAGAAUUUUGCCAAGAGCAAGUGGAAGCAAGCCUUCAAUGCAACGGCUGUGGUCAGGCAUAUGAGGAAGCUCCAGCUUGGGACCAGUCAGGAAGGGUCCAGUCAAGCCAUGCGGGAGAGCAACGGUUCGGCCUCCGGGAGCAGCGAGGAAUCCUUGGGGAGUGAUGCUCACCAUCCGACUCAGGACUGAAUGUUCCCCAGUGGACAGGGAACAGAUGGCGGUGCCAGCACCAACCCAAGCUGGGUGGGCAGUUCCAAGCCAAGCUCUCUCAUGUUGCCACAAGCAGAGCCAGGGAAGGGUCUGGGAUGCACCGCCACAUCCCUCCCGGCAAAGUGUGUCUUUGCCCCAAGGCAGGGCCGCGGGAAGCUCCCCCGGUUAAGUCACACCUUCCGGAAACUGGAAGGGUGGAGGGGGGGCUGGCCCUUCAUAAACCACACACUUCCCUGGAGAUGCUCCCAUCACCACAGAACGACUUACUGCCGUCCACAGUGGACAGGACCCAUCUGCACCUUGCGCACACCCCUCGGUCUAAGCCAGUAACGACAUCGUCCUUUGUGCCCCGUCCUGUGGAUCAUCAGGUCUUGGAAAGGAAUAUCCAGUUUCUCCCUUGCAGCAACUGCUCAGGAUUGAGGCUGAUCCCCACGCAGCCAUGGAGCUUGAAUCUGCCACCUCCCUCACCCCACCAGCCGAGGCUCCUGUUCACCCCAUGCACACCAGGCACCAGGCAAGCCACCAGGAAGGAGCGGAUGCUCCCUACGAGAGGGCUGGCAGGGCCUGGAAGUCACUCCAGACGACACAGUCACGUGCUGCUGUGGGGGAAGCGCAGCUGCUUUGCCUGCAGAGAGAGCAGUUGCUGUAGCCUGAACCCCUUUUGCAAGCUCCUCCAGCGAAAGAGUGGUGCAUGUCUGAGACAGAGAGCCAGACUGAAGGGUCAUUGCUUUGCUGGGGACCAGCUGUCCAUGAGCGAAGACAGGUAAUUUUUUAAGAGUGGUGGCUUCUUGUGCUCUCAACACACACACCAAAUUCUGUCUGCGGGAGGGUGGCAAACUGUUCUGCAGACCUCCAGUGUGGCUUAGGCUGAACUUAGGAGGAGAAAGCCAGCUGUGGCAGGCACCUCUUGGCUGCUGCCCAUUUCCAGAGCAGUUUUGCAACCCUGUUAAAAAAAAAACUUUGUGAUUAUUAUUAAUAGAGAAUGGGAAAGGGAAGCACACAUUCAGAAAUGCAGGAAUGUCCCUUUCGGUGUUUUUUUGGAACAGGAAGGCAGCCUGCGUGAAAUAAGAGGGAGGGCUAGACCAAGGACUGGCACAUUUCCUUGGCAUGAGAAGUGACUCAGAAGCUCAGUGUCUAAGCUGCCAGUCAGUACAUUUCCAACAGUAGUUGCAAAGGCUGGGUCACACCUUGGGUGAAGAUCCCACUGAUGCUGCUCUUAAAAAUACUUUGCCUGUCUUCACCCAGCCUUGCCCUGGCACCACCAGGACCCUUCCUGUUGUCUAGUUCCGCCUGCCUUGUUCCGCCUGCCUGAUCUUGAAGUCCAGCACUCCUUUUUUGCUCUGUUGUCCUUUCCCUUCACUCUCGAUUGAAGAGGAACUUUCUAACUUGAAGUUUCUGUUUUGUUGCUUGUUCUUGUAUUAAAAAGGAAGGAAGGGCA